UCGCCCUAAAUGCGAAUUUGUCCUCCAGAGCGAGCGGCGCUUCUAGGCUGCGCUUGGAGUGGGACGGGGGUUACUGGUUUGUUUUGUUGUUUUUCAAUCAGGGCAGGCUGUUUGGCUUUUAAGAAUAAAACGAUGUGAGCAACGCUGGUUGGUUAACGUGAAGGGAGUACAUAACCCUGGUGGAUGCUGCAAAGCCUUCGCUGUGCAAAAAUCCCAAGACAGUUCAGAUGUUGCUGUUUCAUCCUUUCGCAGGUCUAUGGAAAUGCAGGAUUUAGCCAGCCCGCAUAGCCGUCUGAGUGCUGGCAGUGAGUCUCCUAAUGGUCCAAAACUUGAUAAUUCUCACCUAAAUAAUAAUUCCAUGACACCCAAUGGCACAGAAGGUGACAUGACUCUGCUCAGCACUGCAGACUGGUUGUUAAAUGCUAAUACACAGACCACUGCAGUUAAAACAGAGCCAAUGAGCAGCAGUGAAAUUGCUACUACAACAGCAGACGGGUCUUUAGAGAGUUUCUCAGGAUCAGCAAUUGGAAGCAGUGGCUUCAGCCCAAGACAAACUCACCCAUUCUCCCCACCUCAGAUAUACCCUUCCAACAGACCAUACCCACAUAUUCUCCCUGCUCCUUCUUCGCAAACCAUGGCUACAUAUGGGCAGACACAGUUUACCACCGGAAUGCAACAAGCUACUGCUUAUUCAACGUACCCACAGCCUGGUCAGCACUAUGGAAUCCCAUCAUAUGGUGCAUUGUGGGCAGGCAUCAAGACAGAAGGUGGAUUGACACAAACACAGUCACCUGGUCAGACAGGCUUUCUGAGCUACAGUGCAAGCUUUAGCACUCCCCAGCCAGGACAGGCUCCAUACAGUUACCAGAUGCAAGGAAGCAGUUUCACAACAUCAUCUGGAAUAUAUGCUGGAAAUAAUUCACUUACAAAUUCUACUGGAUUCAAUGGUUCGCAGCAGGAAUAUCCAUCUUAUCCAAGCUUUGGUCAGGGUCAGUAUGCACAGUAUUAUAAUAGUUCUCCAUAUCCCUCACAUUAUAUGACAAGCAGCAACACCAGUCCAACAACUCCUUCCUCCAAUGCAACUUACCAACUUCAAGAACCACCAUCUGGCAUCACAAAUCAAGCUAUUACAGAUCCUACAGCAGCAGAGUACAGUGCAAUUCCUACAACACCUAUUAAAGAUUCAGAGGCAGACAGGUUGCGUCGCAGCUCAGAUGGCAAAUCGCGUGGCCGAGGCAGAAGGAAUAAUAAUCCUUCACCACCACCUGACUCUGACCUAGAGAGAGUAUUCAUUUGGGAUUUGGAUGAGACAAUCAUCAUUUUCCAUUCGCUUCUCACAGGAUCGUAUGCUAACAGAUAUGGGAGAGACCCCCCUACUUCUGUUUCACUGGGACUAAGGAUGGAGGAGAUGAUUUUCAACUUGGCAGACACACAUCUAUUCUUUAAUGAUUUAGAAGAAUGUGACCAAGUUCAUAUUGAUGAUGUUUCAUCAGAUGAUAAUGGCCAGGAUUUAAGCACCUAUAACUUCGGGACAGAUGGGUUCCCUGCAGCAGCUACCAGUGCUAACCUAUGCUUAGCAACAGGGGUGCGUGGAGGAGUAGACUGGAUGAGAAAACUAGCUUUCCGAUACCGAAGAGUAAAAGAAAUCUAUAACACCUACAAAAAUAAUGUUGGAGGUCUUCUGGGCCCAGCAAAGAGAGAAGCUUGGUUGCAGCUUAGAGCAGAAAUUGAAGCCCUUACAGAUUCGUGGUUAACACUUGCACUGAAAGCACUCACGCUAAUUCACUCUAGGACAAAUUGUGUCAAUAUUUUAGUGACAACUACUCAGCUUAUCCCAGCUCUUGCCAAAGUCUUGCUAUAUGGUUUGGGUGUGGUAUUUCCAAUAGAAAAUAUUUACAGCGCAACAAAAAUAGGAAAAGAAAGCUGUUUUGAGCGCAUAAUUCAAAGAUUUGGAAGAAAAGUAGUUUAUGUUGUCAUAGGAGAUGGUGUGGAAGAAGAACAAGGAGCAAAGAAGCAUGCCAUGCCAUUCUGGAGGAUCUCAAGCCACUCUGACCUUAUGGCGCUUCAUCAUGCCUUGGAACUGGAGUACUUAUAGUAGCACUUUGUAACCUCAGAACCUCCCUCACAUCCAUGGAUGGUGUUCCUGAGUCUUGUUUCGGCACUGGCCUACAGAAUUUUGUGAUUUCAUCAUGUUGAUGUACAGCUGCAACUGGUCUUAACCUUUGCCCUUUCAGUAAAUGGAGGAGCACAUCUUUUUCUUCAGAAACAGCUGUUCAUUCUAGUACUGUGAAUCCAAUGAGAACAAGCCAUGAUGAGAAUGUUUUAGCAAUGUCUUCUUACCAUAUUCACUACAUUUGAAUGUUCAUACCUGUGAAGAGACUGGGAAAUGCCUUGUGAUUUCUAGAAUCUCCAAUGUGGUAUGAACACAUCUUAAAUACAGCAAACCUGAUUGCACAACUAAGACUGAACUUAAAAAAAAAAAACCAUGGACACAUUUUUAAAGGUUUACUUCUUUUUCUUGCUUUUUUCCUCAGAUCCAGGGUAAUCUGUAAAUCUUUACUUAUUUAUGAACAGAUUCUGUUUUGACAUCAUUUAAAUGUGGAUAUGUACAAUAAAUGGGAAGGCUAUAACAAGUCAUUGCCUUCUGAUCACAAAAAGAUUUUGGUCUUAGCACAUUGCAAAGUAGAUUGAAGUAUGUAUAAUUUAAGCAAAUAGGUACAUCACUGAGACAAUCGUGUACAGGAAGAAUGUUUUUGUGUAAAUUUCUAACGAAUGGACAAUGUUUUACAUAUUGUUUAGGCAAAUAUUAUUGAACGGUAGUAAUGGAUUUUUGGUGAAGUAUGAGGCAGUAUGUGCACAAACUAUUGUGCUGUGCCUUAUAAAAGUAUUGUGUAUAAUGUGUAAAUUGAAAUUUUUAAGAUCAUUUGUCAAGACCAAAACCAUGGUUGUCAAGUGUCAAUAAGGAAUCACUUUUUAUUCAUUCUUUUCGUUUUUUUUCUUUGCAAAUCUGUUAUAUCACAGUAUCAACUCCCUAUUUUUACCUUGCCUAUAAUAGGCUGUCCUCUCAUUUAUAUUUUGUACUUGAACGCAUAGGUUCAAGUGCAAAAUAUACUUCAUUCAUAUCAGGUGAGAAAGAUUUGCAUGGUUAAAUUGUCACUUUUCAUUUAAAGUACUUGCAUAUGGAGGCUUGAUUUGCCACUGUUUCGGUGUACUUUACCAAGAAAAGUAGCAGUUUAAACAUGAAAAUGUAUUCCUAACUGAUAUGAAGCAUAUGUAUUAGUACUGCUUGCAAACUGAGCACAGUGUUCUGCUCCUUUAUUUAACUGGGUUGAAUCAUAAACUGAACAGUUUCUGUCCAUGGAAGGAUGUUGAUACAAUAGAAGAAUCCUCCUAGUGGAUGAAAUAAAUUUUAUUGAAAUUAUUCUUCAACCCCCAGAAAUCUGUUCCAAAGGAUUGGGAGAUGUUCCAGAACAAUACUUUAGGAGAAGGAGAUAGUGACAAAAAUUGCCUCUCCCUACUUCUAUUUUUACCGUCAGGAGCAAUAUUGCUAGAAUUCUGCCAGUGAAAAAAUAUUCUGCAUUCAAGUCAUUGUCUUCUUGUGCAAAUAUUGAAUGUGGAGUAAUAAUCUAUUCUUUUUGUCAGAAAUAUAGAGAACUAAAAAAAAAGCCUCAUGUAAUGUGUCAUGAUUUAAUAGAAUAAAAAAGAUGUUUAUGCACUCAAAAGUUAAAUAUGAGAUCAACCACUUUAUCUUAAGGUAUAACAGGGAACGCUUUUUGGAUUCAGUCAAUACAUUCUGACUAUAGAAAUUAGUCUUGCUCUUUUUAAAAUAGUUACUUUGUUGCAAAAAAAUUUAAAACACUUUAACAGCCAUCUUCUAUAUCUUGCCAGUACCAAAUUCAAUGGGCUUAAUUCCAAAGUAAGCAUGUCAACUAUUUCAGUCUAAAUCUCAUUAAUACCUGCUAUGGAAAAGGCCAUGCACAGUGGGAGUUAAAGAGUUUUAAGAUGGGCAGCUCUGAAACAGAAACCCCAAACCUUUCCUAACUCUACUGUGAGGGCACAAUAUCUCCCAAGCCACAUGGUGGUUUACUCCAAAUAAGAAGCUAUAGAAUAGAUUGAAAAAAUGGCAAUGCGUAUUUCUUAAAAUUUGUAAACUUUAGAAAAAUCAAGCAUUGUGAAAUAAUUUUGUUUGUAAACCCACAGCCUGAAAUGAAAUUAAAAAUGGCAAAUGUCUGGUACAUCGUUAAUUUUAAAGUGUCACACUAAGAAUCAGAUUUUUGUAUUGGUCCGUUGCUGGCAAUGGACACAGUAAAAUAGUUACUGCCAAUUUCGUUUUCAUUGUUUGUAAUUGUUCAAUUAAUUCUACCCUUUCUUACUAAACUGUGACAAUCCUGACAGUUUUAUUUUGAGCUGGUUUAGAUAAAUCAGUGUGGCUUUCUUGACCAGAGUUAAUAACAAAUGCAUCCUGUAUCUUCCUCAAAAAAUUAUUUCCUACUAUAUUAUACCAACACCAGUGUGUUUUCACAUUUAAUCAGGAUUGAUAAAUCCUUGAUAAAUGAGAAGGAGAAAUUUGCACAGGUUGAGAAAAUAUAUGUAAUCCCCUGUGACCCUCCAUGUUUAUAACCAUGGUUAAACAAAGCCCUUGUUAACCAAAACAUGCAUGAGUCUAAAUUCUUGGCCUAAGUUUUAAUACUAGGUACUGCUGGCUUCCUUAGAAAUACAUAUUUUAGUUAUAUUUUCUCAAUUUUUAUUUUUGUGGACUAAACCAGCUUUUAAGCCAGCUUGUAGCAACAAAGUAGCUGUUAGGCAAUAGGGGUGUGUGAUUCAGCCAAGAUCCAACUUGAACUUGCAAUUUGAUUUAAAAAUUCAAAUCCAUGAUCUGUAGGUUUAGUUGAAUAAAUCCAGAUAGGUUCCUAUGCGAAAGUUUGAUUGAAUUUAAUGAUUUGCCCUCAAACAGAACCCUUGAAUCAAAGCUUCGCACAGCCUUAUUAGGGCAACUCCCUUUUCGUGGAGGAUGCAUAUUGCUGCUACAGUUUACAUUAUUUUGUGGCUUAUUUCAAACUAUUUGAUUAUAAGUACAGCCCUUCACCUUCAGUAACUUGAUCUACCAAAAGCAAGCCAGUACAAGGACUACUUAAAAGCUGUGGUUAAGCAGACACGUAAGUCCUUUAAUUGCAGGGGCUGGUUUUUUGUUUUAAGCAAAAUAGGAAUGGAGUCCUUUUCCUCCCCUCCCCCCUCCCUUUUUGUGGGGGUAGUCUAUAUGCUGACUAAAAAGUUUGUCUGGGCCUUAUUGUACAAAAAGUGUGUUGUGUCAACCAUUAUGUACAGAAACUUUCCUCCAUUCAUUUUGCGUUUAAAUUAAUAAAAUUGAUU